AUGAUAGCCACCUCUAGCGACAUCUUCAAGAAGGAAGGAGUUCGUGGAUUCUAUCGCGGACUUGACUCCGCCCUCGUCAGGCAAAUCUUCUACACCACCACCCGUAUGGGCAUCUACAAGACCAUCUCCGAAGAAAAGGGAUACUGUGCCAGCAUUGCCGGCUUCAUCGGCGCCCUCUUCGCCAAUCCCGCAGACCUGGCUCUCGUCCGCAUGCAAGCCGAUAACCAACUGCCAGUCGCAGAGCGCAGAAACUACAAAAACGUCUUCGAUGCCUUUAGACAAAUCGCAAAGGAGGACGGAGUGGCAGGACUAUGGAGAGGUGCACGCCUACAGUCAUUAGAGCAGUCGUGCUCAACCUGGCAAUGCUUGCCAGUUACGACGAAGCUAAGGAAAAAGUGCUCGAUUAUCUUGGAACAAAGCAGGAAACAUUAG